AUACCAGUAAUAUAACGUUGCAACUGAUUUAACUUCUCUUGUUGUUUGUACUGAACAGUAUAUAAAUACAUCCACAAGGAAAACAAUGGUGGUGCUUUUGUUAAGCUCUGUGUGGCAUGUAGCACAUUUCAGUUGGCUGAAAUCCAUUCUACAGCCUGCCCCUCGUAUAUUUUGGUUCAGUUGCUGUAUGUCCUGAAGAUGACGCAAUGUGGAUGAUUCCAUCUUCCACCCACGCUAAGCAGAACCAGGGGCUCUGGGAAUACUAAAGAUAUAACAGGAGUUUCAAAACACACUUUGAAUAAUGGUGUCUGAUAAGCAACUUCUUGCGACUAUGAACGUCUUCCACCGAACUGCCACAACUGCAUUUCCACACAUCAUAUACCAGGAAUCUCCGGGAGCUGGACAGGUGCAGAAGCCAAUUCACCGCAAUGGAUGGAGGAAAGAACCGGUACAUCGACGAAUGCCAGAGAAACCGCUGCCCUGCGAAAGAAUAAUCUUCAGUACUGGCAAUAUGCAGUAUUUCUAAACGCGGCUUUGCUGCAACCUGCUGGACAGAGCAAGCCCCCUUGUGUAACCGACGCAGCCGUGUCAAGCAAGGCAGCCUCCAUCUGUCAUGCUGUUUCUUCUCGCAUGAAUUCUUUCCAGGAAUAAGCCUUCUCCUACACAGCACGCUAUCUUGACCAAGAGAAUCCAAUUUGCAUCUUUCAGUGGUUUGUUUAACUGACCAGACAUGAAACUCUGCCUCACGUGAUACUCAACAUCAACUCAGGCACAGUUGGACCUUUGGAGUGAUUCAGUUAGGGGGUCCCAGGUGAUCCUGGACAUGCGCAUCCCCUUCUCCAAGCUCCAGCCCAUGAAAACAUUUCUGAGUUCUCAUGGCAUCCAGUAUGACAUCAUGAUUGAGGACAUCCAGGCUCGCCUGGACGAGGAGAUGGAGGCAGUGGCUCGGUCCUCUCAGAGAGAGCGUGAAACGGGGGCCUUUGAUUAUGGCUCCUACCACACGCUAGAGCAGAUUUAUGAGUGGGUGGACAGUCUGGUGGCUGAGAAUCCUGAGCUGCUCUCUAAAAUGACCAUCGGCGAGUCGUAUGAGAAGCGUCCCAUCCAUGUGCUGAAGUUCAGCACCGGCUCAAACCGAACCGCCAUCUGGAUCGACUCUGGCAUUCAUGCUUGUGAGUGGAUCAGUCCUGCUGUCGGCAUCUGGACAGCAAAAAAGCUUGUGACAGAGUUUGGCCAGGACCCCCCAGUAACCACGCUGCUGAACAAGAUGGACAUCUUCUUGCUGAUUGUUCUCAACCCUGAUGGCUAUGCCUUCUCCCACACCUCGAACCGCAUGUGGCGAAAGACCAGAUCAAUCAGCGCCAACUCGUCCUGUAUCGGAGUCGAUCCAAACAGGAACUGGGGGGCGGAUUUUGGAGGUCCUGGCUCUAGCAUGGACCCCUGCUCAGAAACCUUCAGCGGAACCUUCGCCCAUUCUGAGUCAGAGGUCAAAGCUAUUGUUGACUUUAUCCUGGAUCAUGGCAAUUUUAAGGCCAUGGUCACCAUCCAUAGUUACUCCCAAAAGCUGAUGUAUCCCUACGGAUUCAGCUACAGUCCUGUUCCCAACGCAGAAGAGCUGCAUCACCUAGCCAAACGGGCAGUGGAUGCCCUCAAAUCCCUUUACGGGACCAAGUACAGCUAUGGAAGUAUCAUCUCCACGAUAUAUCCAGCCAGCAGCACGAUGGUAGACUGGGGCUACAUGAACGGCCUGAAGUACUCCUACACCUUCGAGCUGCGUGACACCGGUCGCUAUGGUUUCCUGCUGCCAGCCAGUCAGAUCAUCCCCACAGCACAGGAAACAUGGCUGGCCUUGUUCACCAUCAUGGAGCAUGUGCGAGAUAACCACUAUUAAGAGAAACGCUGAACUUCUUAUUGCUGAAGUAAAGAGCAACUUCAUCACAAAAUACUCUUGAAAAGUUGAUUUAUUUGCCGCUUGUACAAGUGUGAGUACAGAUUCAUUUCCGUGUGCUGGUUACCACAUAUCCGGCGUCUCCUUUUUAAGACGCGUACUUAUUGGUGAGAGUGAAGCUUGUGGUCUGAGCACAGGGUCAACUGUCCAUCCAACAGCCCAGGAGCAUUUUUCGGGGGGUUAAGGCCCCAAGACAGAUGUUGCUACUUUGCCAAGCAGAGGAUUUAAAUUGGUAACCUUCAGACCACGGGCACAUAACCCACAGAGACACACAGUGCCCCCCAGAACUGAGGCACUGUUGAUCACUGUGAUAAAACCUGCCCUACACACAGAUGAAUGUAGUUAUUACACUGUGAUAGGAAGCAGGUGGCCAAUCGGCAGUUGUAAGCUUCUAUAUUUUACAGUGUUUAUGUUUUUGGGAAACACAGAUGGUCAUCUACCUAUGAACUUACGAACUUUGAACUUACGGUCCUCUUCAUUUGUAUGUCUGAAAUUGUGUUCAUUGGGCUCCCGUUUCCUGUCCGCAACAUCAGAAAAAAAAAUUUAGGCCAAUUCCGCCUAGUACGAUUUCUGGCUGCUACUCCCGCCGCGCAGCAGCGUAGCGUGCGUACACUCAGCAUCCUAGUUCUUCGUACUUGUGUAUACCCUUAAAAUGAUGUCGAAUAACGACUUAUGAACAUUUCAAGUUACGAACGGCCGUUUGGAACAUAUCUCGUUCAUUAGUAGAGGAGCGUCUGUAUAGGUCUAGAAAUUUCUGCUAAGAUCCACACUUUUCCCAACAUGUAACAUGUUAGUUUGUCACGAUAACACAUGCAGAUUCAAAUAAACACACAGGGUAAGAGGCAGGGAACAAUACAAAACGGACAGAAUAAGUGGUUAGAAGAUUGAAAAUAAUAAUACACAGAUUAAUACCCAUUUAGAGUGAUACCUGGAUAACCAUUAACUACCUUUGGAACCUUAGAAAACCAGCUGUGUGGAAAGAGAUGUUUCCUCCACUCGGACGGAUUAUGGGUUAUUUUUUUCUAAAAAUAAAAAUGUCUAAUUUUGCA